GCCCCUCCUUACUGGACGUGCCUCGACUCACAUUAGCCAGAAACGUUUCCAUCCUCCUCCAAAACUUUACAGAUCAUUUAAAACUAUUUUGUCAGCAACAGUUAGGCCAGAAAUGACGGAGCAAAACAAAAUGUCCGAAGUUAUUAAUCAGAUUUUUCAAGAAGCGCCAGCCGCCAGGAAGGGGCUUAUUGACAACCACAGCAACUUCCUCCAGAUUGCAGAUUACUGCGAGAACAAUUAUCCGAAGGCAGAGGAUCCAGGAAAAGCUUUAGAAGAAGCAAAGGGUUUGGCCAUCCAGGCUCUGGCCAGCCUCACCUACCAGAUCAAUAGUCUGGCCACCACCGUGCUGAGGCUGCUGGACUCCCAGAGCCUCCAGCUCCACAGCAUGGAGUCCUCCAUCAACCUCCUGUCACUGGCUGUAGCUAUCCACCAUGAGAAGGUGGCGAGGAGGGAGAUUGGAGUUUUCACUUCUCCCAAGAAGCGGCCUCGUGCUAAGCUUAUGGCCCUGCCAAAAUCAGGCAAAGAGCCAGAGAGAUGCUACUCAAGAGCACCCAUAUCAUACUCCAUCCUGGACUCCAUUGGCCACUGCUUUCAGGUCGCCACGGAGCUGCCCAGAAAGAGAUCAGGAACCACAGAUAGCAUACAGAGCAAUGGAAGCACCACUCUUCGAGGCCCAGAGCCAGUGGAGUGCCCCAUUGCUCCUCCCACCCUGCCUGAUGAGCCGUCAUCCAGCCUCAGUGACCGUUUUGGAUCCAAUCUUGGCAUCGCUGUGCCUCCGCCAUCGGUCCCCACCUUCUCAAGCCUCUCCAACCAAACCAGUGAUGAUAUUCCUCCUCCCCCUCCUCCUCCUGCUGCUUUGGACCCGAGUAUGCCUGCACCUCCACCUCCACCUCCCCCCUCAGAUACUGGCUUACCCUCUCCGCCCUCCCUGACCUCACCCACCAGUCUCCCCCCACCUCCCCCUCCACUGCCUAUGAGUCCAUCAAGUAACAUCCUCCCACCUCCACCUCCACCUCCACCUGGAUCAGGUAAUGCUCCCUCUCCUCCUCCGCCUGCACCCCCACUCUCAGGAGCUGUUCCGCCUCCUCCUCCUCCUCCACCUCUAACUGGAUCAGGAUCUGUUCCCCCUCCUCCUCCUCCUCCACCUCCCCUUGGGACCUCUGGUGUGGUGCCACCACCACCUCCCGGACCACCCCCCGUCCUGCAUUAAUGACCAUUACUGUACAUCUUCAAUACAUGAGUCACCCCUAUCGAAAGAAUGCAGGUUCACUAUAUUAAAUGUGUUUCCCUGUGUGAGCUCGGGUGCCGGGAUGGCCAUGAAAUUGAUGUGUAAUAUCUAUGCUGCAUGUGAAAUAUAUAUAUUGGAUGAGGCUGGGGCGGAUGUGAGAAGAGUGUUAGGUAUAAAUAAAAAUCUGAAAAAGUGUCUGGCAUGGUUUCCUCCUGAGCUGUUUCAUAUGUGAGUGUUGCUGUACGUCAAGGUAUGAGAGUCGACAUAUGCACUCAAAACUCAAAUGAUAUGUCUAGCACAGAAAAUCCUUCAAAGGGAAGCAUGCCUAUGCAUUGAGAGCAGUUGGAGAAGGGCUUACAACAUGUUUCGACAGCACCUCAGCCGCAUUCCUAAGCUACAAGCUGAAACAGGGAUUCCUCUAUUUCCCUGGUAUCCUCACCUUUUCUUGUAAUGUCACCAUUUCCCAGUCCUAUUCAUAGAUAUUUAUUUUGUUUGUUACUGUGUAUCUUAAUCAGUAUUCCAUUAAAGCCCUCUUCAGAACACUGAUCCGAGACCUUUUGCCUACCACUGGCACCUGAUGUGACUGUUGAAUACCGUGUUAACCUCAC